GUGUUUCUGCUGGAUGCAGUCAGAGAGAGUCACUCAGGACCGGGUUCCGACCAGGAGCAGCCAUCAAGGCUGUAUCUACUGAAAACUGAAGAAAACACACAAUUCCUUGUGGAUAUUUUCACGAAGCAGAACGUGAAGAGUGAAAUCCGCUGCGAUCAGUUUGGACAUUGAAGACCAAGUCAAGAAGUCCUGCUUUUGGGGAGCCAGCGGAAUAUGAUUUGAGUUACGGAAUAAGCAACUAUGUUGCUCGCAAACAGGAUGAAUCUCCCCUCUCUGAAAACCAUCCAUGACGUCAUGCUCAUGCUGCUGUGGGUCCUGAGCCCCACUGUCCACGGACAGUGUGAGAAACCAGUUGAAACCUCCAGACUCAACUUGUCAGUCACCUACAGGCUUCCCACCUUCACCGCAGACUUCCCCAUACAGAACAUGGUGACGCAAGAUGGAGUCAUCUAUGUUGGCGCUGUGAACAGGAUCUAUGCUUUGAACCAGAGCCUUGUGAAGCUCUCGGAGUACCAUACUGGGCCUCUUUUCACCAACAGGACCUGCGGAGAGAAAGUGAAUAGCACAGGCACUAAGGAGAGGCUUGACAAUUACAACAUUGCAUUGGUGGUGGAGAACAUUUACGACAAAGGACUCUACAGCUGUGGCUCAUUGGACAAUGGUGUUUGUAGGCGUCAUGUCCUGGAUGAUGGAGUCAGCACAAACACUGUGGAUGAAGAGGUCUACUGUUUUGCUGAUAAAGUGAGCGAAGGCAAGGGUCAUCCCAUGGACUCAGAUGUGGUGGUCAGCCCUUCAGGGUCUCAGGUGCUUAAUGUGGAGAGCAACGUGAUCCAGUUUUUUGUCGGUAACUCUGAAAUCCCUGGCUUAAAUGAAUCUAUGCUGCAUCCUCACACCAUUUCUCUGCGAAAGAUGAAGACUAGUCAAAAUGGCUUCACAUUCUUCGACAGCAACUCUUACAUGGACUUGAUUCCAUCACUGCGUGGAAACUACUACCUGCAUUAUGUUUACUCUUUUCACAGUGGACCCUUCACCUAUUUCCUCACUGUGCAGCGAGUGAGCAGAGACUCCCAGGCCUACCACACCAGAAUAGUCCGUAUGUGCGCCUCUGACCUGGUUAUUCGCCGCUACGUAGAGAUGCCCCUCGAAUGCAUCAGCACUGACAAAAGGCGUCGACGCACCACAGAGGACGUGAAAGUUUUCAACAUCCUACAGGCAGCUUAUGUCACUAAUGUCGGUGAAGAUGUGGAGCUUCAGAGGCAGCUGAAGGUGGGGCCAGGUGAUGACGUCCUGUUCACCGCUUUUGCCCAAGGAAAGACAAACUCUCCGGAGCCAACACCAAACUCUGCCGUUUGCGUCAUGUCACUGAAACACAUCAACAGUAUGUUCAAGUUGUAUAUGGAGAAGUGCCAUACAGUGGACCCUUAUCACUUCACUGGAUCAGACAUGAAGUCCUGCUAUAACGUGAGCUCUUCGGACGACUGCGACCCGCAUGAAGGAAUCCACGAAGGUAAAGAGGGAAAGUACCGUCUUCAGGUGACCCAAUUUGUCCAGAGGCUGGAGUACUGGCACAAGGAGUUGACCAACACCCUGCUCACAUCUAUAAAGGUGGUGCCGGUGCAUGGUCGUGCCGUGGCCUACCUGGGCACAGCCGAUGGACGCCACAUACAGGUGCUGUUUUCCAGAUUCGCCUCUCCUCAUGUCAACAUCCAGUUGGACUCCAGGCCCGUCUCUGCCAGCGUGGCACUGCUGGAUGGUGACAUCUCCCACAGAUCUCUGCUGUUGGCCACUGGAAACAAGAUCACGAAGGUCCCUCUGAUUGGCCCUGGGUGUGACCAGCUGACCACAUGCACAUCCUGUUUGCUGUCAUCGCGGGUGACAGAAUGUGGCUGGUGUGAUGGGCGCUGCACCAGAGCCCACCAGUGCCCAGCCCCCUCCACAUGGACACAGGACUUCUGCAUCCCUGUCAUCACCAAGAUCUGGCCAACAUCUGGACCAAUACGGGGCUCUACAGCUGUGACAAUAUGUGGACAGAACUUCGGCUUUGACAAGACAGAGAGUUUCAAGGCCUCGUUGGUUUCAGUGGAGGUGGCGGGGGCUCCCUGCAAAUUAACACGACAAGAUGGAUACAAUCACAGGUGGACUGAGAUGCAGUGUUCCCCUGUGUUCAGUGGGAACUUCACCCCAUCAGGAGACACAGUCAAGGUUACGACUGGAAAUAAGGUAGCCAAGAUGGAUGGCUUCACCUUUGUGGACCCGGUGAUCCAUGAAAUCUUCCCAACAUUCGGGCCAAAGUCUGGAAACACAAUGUUGACCAUCAGAGGAGCCUUCCUGGACACCGGAAACAAGAGAGAGGUGACUGUGGGUAAAGCAGCUUGUAAGAUCCAGAGCUUGUCGUUCAGCAUGCUGACCUGUAAGACGCCUCCUCAUGCCGUUCCCUCCAAGCAACCAGUGAAGCUCAGUAUCGAUUCGGUGGAGCGCCAUGCACCGUUUCAAUUCACCUACAACCAGGAUCCAAUCAUCAACAGCAUCCAGCCAUCACGCUCAUUUGUCAGUGGUGGCUGCACAGUGUCAGCUCACGGCUUCUUCCUCCAGUCCGGCCUCCAGCCCCAGAUGGUCCUCACCACCAGUCAGGAUGCUCAGGUCUUCCAUGUGAGCUGUGUUUAUGGUGAGAACCGCACAUCCAUCCAGUGCACCACACCAUCUCUGGCCAAACUGGCACUCCAGCCUCCGGUGGUCACCAAGGUGGCGUUCGUCCUGGAUGGUUAUUCCACGGAUCAGUGGGACCUGAUCUAUGUAGAGGACCCCCUGUUCCAGGACCCCAAACUCACCUCCAAAGACAACAAGAGCAUCGUGGAGUUGAAGGGUGACCGAAUGGACAGGGAGGCGAUGAAGUGCCAGGUUCUCACUGUGUCCAACCACAGCUGUGAAAGUCUGAUCCUGAUUGGAAACACUUUGGAGUGCACUGUUCCCACCGAGUUGCAGACCACCACCGCCAAGGAGCUGCAGGUGGAGUGGCGUCAGGCGGACUCCAUCAGACACCUGGGGAAGGUGACCCUGGCUCAGGAACAGGACUAUACAGGCCUGAUUGUGGGCUGCGUGUGCGUCAGUCUGCUGCUGUUGCUGCUGGCAACACUGCUCAUGUGGAGGAGGAAUAAACACAUUGACGAUCUGUCUGAGGUGUGGUAUGAUGGCCGGGGUCACAUCCAACAUCUGGACAGGCUGGCUAAUGCGAGGAGCGUCAGUCCCACUAACGAAAUGGUCUCCCACGAGUCUGUGGACUAUAGAACAACCCUUCUGGAGGAUCAGGGCGUCGAUCGGCCCGAGACGUGCCGAGCCACUCCUCACAUCUACGGGGGGAACAGUGAACUGCUGUCCCCAAGGCUGGGGGCGCUGGGAGGCAGGAUGGGGCUGGGAAUGGAGGGGGAGCUGGUGUCCCCGCUGCUUAUGGCACCGGUCCACAUCGACCCAUCCUGCCUCCACCCAGACCUGCUGACCGAGGUGCAGCACGUGGUGAUCGCCAGGGAACAGCUGCUGCUUCACCUCAACCAGGUCAUCGGACGAGGUCACUUUGGAUGUGUUUUCCAUGGAACACUUCUGGAGCCAGACGGUCAGAAGCAGCACUGUGCCGUCAAAUCUCUGAACCGAAUCACAGACUUGGAGGAGGUGUCCCAGUUCCUGAAGGAGGGCAUCAUCAUGAAGGACUUCAGCCACCCCAACGUCCUCUCUCUGCUGGGGAUCUGUCUGCCUCCAGAGGGUUCCCCACUUGUUGUUCUGCCCUACAUGAAACAUGGAGACCUGCGGAACUUUAUACGCGACGAGGGACAUAACCCAACCGUUAAAGACCUGAUGGGCUUCGGGCUGCAGGUGGCCAGAGGGAUGGAGUAUUUGGCCAGCAAAAAGUUUGUCCACAGGGACCUCGCUGCUAGGAACUGCAUGCUGGAUGAGAGCUACACGGUGAAGGUGGCAGACUUUGGAUUGGCCAGAGAUGUUUAUGAUAAAGAAUAUUACAGCGUCCACAAUAAGAGUGGAGUGAAGCUGCCAGUCAAAUGGAUGGCUCUGGAAAGUCUACAGACCCACAAGUUCACAACCAAAUCUGACGUGUGGUCGUUUGGUGUGUUGCUGUGGGAAUUGAUGACUCGUGGAGCCCCGCCUUACUCUGAUGUGAACUCCUUCGACAUCACUGUGUUCCUGCUCCAGGGGAGGAGGCUGCUACAGCCCGAGUUCUGCCCCGAUGCACUCUACACGGUGAUGAUUGAGUGUUGGCACCCGAAGCCUGAGCGCCGGCCCUCCUUCUCAGAGCUGGUGUCCCGCAUCUCCUCCAUCUUCUCGAGCUUCAGCGGCGAGCACUACGUCCUGCUCAACACCACCUAUGUCAACAUUGACAAGAUGAGCCCCUACCCCUCCCUUCUUGCCUCCUCUUCAUCCUCUUCCUCCUCCACCAACCCCAUCACGGCCUUGUCCUCAUCGUCUGACACCUCCACCUCCACCUCCCUGCCCACCCAGUCCUCCUUCUUCUGCCAUGUAGAGCGAGACUGCUGCACCUGAGGAGAACAAACCGAAAAAGGUGAAAAGAUUCAAGAAAGUAGUAAGGUGAUGAAGAACUACUGUAUGUAAACACUGGACACUGUAUGCUGAGGAAAAACAGCUGGUGGAGCUUUGACUGUUCACUCAAUGUACAUAGAUUGACUUCCAUGUUCUCGAGCAUCGUCAACUUCCUUCCACCCGCCUUUCUGACUUUUCAUCGACCCCGGGGGAGCAUGAGGUUGGCCUUCAUGCAUCAGUUACACAGAACAGGAGCCCUUCCUCAAAUAUCAGACAAAUCCACUGUCACAAAAGCACAAGGCCGUUCGUCAAGCUCCAAAAUCUCGAUGCCUGCUGGCGGACGGGAGAUUUGUGUUUCCGCUGUCCUCUGGGUGGCAUGUUCUUUAAUACACGGAUGUGGCUCGGACCAUUUUGCUGUCUGUAAUGUGAAUGUUCGACAAAUGGCCAUGCAUUGUGUCAGAUACACCUCCACAAACCAAAAGAAGACUAUACACCACCCUGCGCCUGCACUCAGACCAACAGAAUGAGCCCUGCAAUGAUUGAUUCAACGCCUUGGGUGGAUAAAAUCAAGGUCACUGAUGCCAGGUAAAAGGGGAAAGCUGUGUGGGAGUUGAGAAAAGAAAAAAAAAGCCCCUGCUGCCUGUGUGCAGUUCACUGGAUGCUUUAUUUGUGUAAUUAUCUUUGAAACAUUAACCUCUGAUGUGCUCGGGAAAAAAAAAAUCAUCUUGCUGCCUUGCCAUGACUCACCUGUGUGGAAUCCCCAGAUGUUUCAGAGAGGGAAAAGAGUUGGAAGCACUUUUUGUGUUUCUGUAUUUGAAACGUCCUGUCAUGUCAAAACAGUGCAAAUCUGACAACAUGUACACACUUGAAAGCUUUGAGAGAAGGAAUAGAACAAAUGAGAGCCAUGUCCGUGGCUUUGUUUUUUUUGAGAGGAUUAACUAUCAAAUUUACUUACUGUUUGUCAGAUCUAUUUUCUGUUUUGCUUAACUUGCAUUGUAUUGACAGAAAUGUAAGAUACACCUUAGUAGGAGACUUAAGAGCUUGAAGCCAGAAGAUUUUAAACCCAGGUUUAGUUUUGUUUAAAGGGGCAAUUUGUGAAAUUAUGUUUCGUAAACUGACUCCAGGUUUCAACAGAGGGAGCAACGUUCCAGCAAAAAGUUCUGCUUAAUUAGUUUUGGUUCUUUAACAGGAAUUUUUGUAAAAUUCUUGGUUCCAUCUACUUAACCAGCCCACAUUUCCACUGUAUUUGAUUGGAAAUAAUCAGCCAUAGCCUGUUUUUAGUUCAUUAUUUGUUCUUCAGGUGAAAUCAGUUUGUGCUACUUUUUAGCUUAGCGUUAAACUCUAUGGUAGGGCUGGGUGAUCUAAUGAUCUUAGCUUGUGAUUGAUUCAUCAUAAGAUCUACUUUUCAGAGGAAUCAUACAGAUCAUGUCAUCAACAAAUAAAUAAAUAACUGCUGACUAAACUUUGCUACUUAGCUAACAUUUAUUUUAAAUGUUAAAUGUUUUUAAACCUCCAGAAACCAGAGGAAAACCUACUUUGGUUGAAACUUGCCUAUAUCUUAGAAGAAACAAGAAAAGUUUCAUUCAGAAUGUGGAUCAUCAUUUUACCUCAAAAGAUUCUCAUAUGAUCUUUAGGCUAUAUCACCCAGCCCUACUCAGUAGAUACUGAAAAAUCACCAAACACUGGGUUUAAUCAGCAGAUAUUGCAAUUAUUUUUUGCUCCACCAGUUUAUCAGACUUCUACACUGCCAUUUUCAUCUCCAUCAUUUUUUUCCAACUUGUAGAAUAUGUCAUGACCUCAUUGCUUCACAUGUCAGGUCUAGAUAAAAACCUAUUUUUUUAGUUUCUGCUGGAAAACAAUGGUUCAGAUUUCAAACCAACAUAUUUUUAGUCAAAACAUUCAAAAGAAGUCUGUAACACCACUGUUUUAGAAAAAAUAUAAGUGCAGCAAAGUCAUAUAUUGGUGGCAUAUGGAAUGAUUUGUUUUGACAUCAGCUACACUAAUGAUCUGUUUUAAAUAAUCCAACCAAGGUCAGAACAUCAGGUUUGUUUGUUAUAUAAAAUUGCCUCAAAUUGUUAGAUAUUUGUUAUCUACCAACCUAGCAAUGUAGAAGACACAAUAAAUGGACAAACUUUACUGGUAUUGCUUUGCUGUCAUUGAGGCAAAAGUGCUGAUGCAGCUAAACAUUAACAGAUGCCCCAAGUUUUUAAAAAAAUGUAUUACUAUAUGAACUCCUGCUUUGUUUGAUUUCUGUCACAUCUUUUCUUUGCUGCUGAAUGUGGUUCUUUGCAGAAGUCGCUGGUGGUCAUGAUGGUCACAUGACAAGAGCUUCAUUGUCAUUGUUUUUACCAUUUACUGUUUGUCUCAGACAAUGAAAAGGGGUUAGAAGUUAAAGUAAUGCCAGGUCCAGGGUAGCUGGUGAAGUCAAUUUCAAUUAAAGCCUCUCCAACACAAUAGAUUGAUGGUGACCUGUUGAUAAUUUCACUUAAUUUUUGGAUAUCAGAAAAAAAAAAAAAUUAAAAAUUGCCCCUUUAAUGAAGUGUCAAAAUGUUUUGUUUUGUUAGGUUUAUUGCAACUGGAUGAUGAUUGUUUUUUUGUCACUAUGAAGAAAUAUUUGUAUUUGUAAAGGACCAUACCAGUUUGUUUCCAGUGAAGUUUUUUAUUUUAUUCGCACAUUUUCUUAAGCAUGUCAUGCACUUCACCGUCCAUAAACAGAUACACAAGUGAGGAACAUAGAACAAAAUGUAGAGUAAUUCCAUUGACUGGAACUAAAGAAACACAUCAAUCUGAGUUAAGAUUAUAAAAACCUUUGCAUAUUGCAUGUUGAGUUGUCUUUUUUUGUCAAGCCACUUUUUGCCUCUUUUAUUUUUUCCCUUAACUGAAGAUUAAAAGGAAACAUAAGAGAAAAUGAGGAUGAUGAGCCAAAAAAACAAAAAAACAUCAGCUAUAGAUUUAACAAGUAUAAACCCUCUGGUAUGGUCCUUGAAGCCCCUGUUGAAUCUUUUCCCUGAAUUUUUGGAGUAUUUUCUUUUAAUCUGAGUGGCCACUGAUGUGACCAGGCUAAUGACGACAGGUGAAUGUUUGCUAUGACAAGAAAAUUGCUGUACUAUAGUUUUGUAUAGAUCAUGAGCCUCUUCUUAAAGUCUGGUCCACUGGGAAGGCUGGAGAUGAGGAGCUAGAGACGAAUACAAUGAGCAAAUCCAACAAUGAUGGAAUCUGUUUUGGACACACAAGCCACUGCCAUUUUAUAAGUAAGGGUAAUGAACUUCACCUCGGAUGGACUGUCAUUCUGCUUCAUCACUGCUCAGUUGUUAUGAAAAGAGUUGAACAAACUGCAGCUGAAUCCACCACAAAACGGACGAAGCUACACAAAGCUUGUGACUACUUUGAUCAUGUGACUAUCCACCUCUUUACUUGUGCUGUUCUUUACUUGUGCUGUUCUCUGUAUGUACAUAUGAUUUUGUUGUUGAUUAAAGUAGAUCCUGAAGGUACCUGUUCAUCUGUAAUGUCAAAUAAACUUUGUCAGUGUAAUAAAGCUAUACUACCAGA